AUGUCGAAACCUACAUAUACAAUUCUGCAAGCAGACGGACUAUAUCCAGAUGAUGUUGUCGAGCAAGAUAUCUUUAAACCUAGCGAAGGGCAGGACUACACCAUAAAAUACAUUUCAGGUGAUCUAUGGCCAACUGGGACACCCACAUCGCAGCCAUGGUCUGCACUAGACAAGAACAUCCGAGAUCAGGUAGACGGAAUAAUGGUGCUGAAGAUGCCAUUUACAGAGGCCGACCUUGAGAUGUUUCCUAAAUUGAAAGUCAUCCUGCGCAUGGGAGUAGGAUAUGACCGAUUAGAUCGUGUGGCCUUGGCGAAUCGAGGAGUUACAGUUUGCAAUGUGCCAGAUUACGGCACUUGCGAAGUAGCCGAUCAUGCAUUAGCCUUAGCACUUUCUCUUCGUCGAGGUAUCCUCCUGCACCACGAAACACAACGAGCAACACCACCAGCUGCAUGGAUGUACAUCGAUACACCUUUGGUCCAACGCAUUCAGACCAACACAUUCGGUAUCCUGGGACUAGGGCGUAUUGGUACAGCGGCUGCUCUUCGAGCCAAAGCAUUUGGUUGGCAUGUCCUCUUCUAUGACCCUUAUCAACCGAUGGGUAUCGACAAAGCCAUCGGCAUCGAGCGCACACGCGACAUCAAAGAACUUUUCAGGCGCAGUACAACGCUCAGCAUCCAUUGUCCGUGCACGCGUGAGACAAGAAAUAUGGUAGGCUAUGAUCUGCUGAGCCUCUUACCACGUGGCGCCGUCUUUGUGAACACUGGACGAGGUGAGAUUGUCGACCUCGAUGGUGUGGAGCGAUGUUUGAAGGAAGGUAUAAUCAGUGGUGCCGGUCUGGAUGUACUGCCUGAGGAGCCAAUACCUGAAGAUAAUGUGCAUCCGCUAUUACAAGCAUACCGACGGAAAGAAGAUUGGCUGAAGGGGCGGAUGGUGUUGACCUGUCAUACUGCUUUUUACAGUCCAGAAGGCUUUGUGGAUAUUAGGGUGAAGAGCGCACAGACCAUGAGGGAUGUGUUGAUUGAUGGCUUGCGCACGAAUGUCAUAACGCCGGAAAUGGAGUAG